AUGCAUAAUUCAAACGGUCGCUUUGUACGUCAAAAUCCGAGUCCUCUUCGAAAAUUGGCGGAAAAAUGUGGACACUAUAGAAGAAAAACUAAUAGUAUCUCAAUAAACUGCUCUAAUUCGAAGCAAAUUUAUUUUAAUUUUUAUACCAAUAAUUUAUUUUCUCGACCACUUUUUAUACCAAUAAUUUAUUUUCUCGACUUUGUGAAACAAAAUGAUUCGAAGAAUUUUUUUUGCACAGAAUGUGUACGACUAGCAUGUCCAAUGGGGCAAGCAGGACCAACAGGACCCCCUGGACUAGAUGGUGUUCCUGGAGCACCAGGAAAAAUGGGUAAACCUGGCUUGGACGGAAAUGAAGUUAUGCUCGAUAUUAUGCCUAAUUUCCCAUGUACAAUAUGUCCUUCUGGUCCACCAGGACGACGAGGGUUUCAAGGAGAAAGAGGAAUGGAAGGUGCUGAAGGCAUUCCUGGAUUACCAGGUCGCCCUGGCGUCAACGGUGAAGAAGGGCCUAUAGGAAAACCUGGUGCAAAAGGAGACAAAGGACAACCUGGUCCAGAUGGGUCAAAAGGGCCAGUCGGUGACGCUGUUAUAGGAGGAACCGGAUCCAAGGGACCAAAAGGUCCUAUUGGUGCAAGAGGACCGAAAGGCCCUAUUGGACUGCCAGGCCGUCCUUCGAACACACCUGGAGUUGCUGGAAAACCGGGAAAAAUCGGACCACCUGGACCAGAAGGAAAGGGAGAUAAAGGGACAAAAUAUAAGAUAGAAUUAACUGCUUACUCGCAUAAGAAAGAGAUCAAAAUGAAAUAUCAAACCGAGAAAAAUAUUAACGAAAAUCCAAAUUCAUUUAAACUUGGUGACUAUGGUGAGCAUGGGCCUUGGGGAACGCCUGGUGAAGCUGGUAUACCUGCAUCUUAUUGUCCAUCAGACUGUGGCAUAUCUAAAAUCUUUGCACCUUAUGCAUUCGGUUUCACUAUUAAUGAAGAAAACGACGAGUUUACUGAUUCAACAAUAUACGACCAAUAG